AUGAUGACACCAAUUCAAGCAAGUGAUGCUGAUUUAGGUGUAAAUGCCUUAAUUACAUACAGUUUACUCAAUCCAAAUAAAUCAACCCCAUCUUCGACAAUAAAAAUUACUAACACAUUGGAUUCAACUUCAAUAUCAUCAACAUCGAUAUUCGAUAAUUAUGUCAAUAGUACUGCAUUCUUUCGAAUUGAUCCAAUUACCGGUAAAAUAUGGACCAUUCAGUCACUGGAUUGUGAAAAUCGCAGUGAAUAUCACUUGAUAGUUGUUGCCAAAGAUUCUGGAGUACCAAUAUCACUUUCUUCCAGCGCAAGUGUAAUAAUCACCGUAGAAGAUGCUAAUGAUAAUGUACCAGAGUUUGUAAAUACACAUUAUCUAUUUGAGGUGUUAGAAAAUGCACCAGGUGGGACAGAAAUCGGCAUUGUAGAAGCACUAGAUAAAGAUGUCUCAAUCAUCAAUCAACGUGUUCGUUACACUCUGCGUGGUAAUGCUGAAGACUUGAAAUUGAUUACAGUUGACCGUAACACUGGUAUAUUAAGAACUAGACGUCCAAUUGACAGAGAAUCCAGAUCUUCUAUAUCACUUAUAGUUGAAGCCGAGAAUGAAGUUCCUGUUCAUCGUUCACCAUCUAUGAGAAGUGAAAAUUUUAACAUGAUAAUGAAACAUAUUGGAACGGAAGCAAGUGUAGUAAUCACAAUUUUAAAUGUAAAUGAUAACCGACCUGAGUUCACUUUAAUUGAACCACACCGUUCACAUGUUACAUUCACAUGGGAACAACUAAAUCCGCUGGUCAUACUAGAGACAACUCAGUCAAAUGUUUCUUCAUUGGUCAACUUAAAAUCUGACAAGAGUCCUGGCCAUCAAGGGAAGCCAAAAGAUGAGGAGAAUCAUAAAAUGUCGGUUCUGGAAAAUGCCAACCCUGUGUGUGAACCUCUACCUCACCGAGUAAUUGACAGAGACAUGGAAUCUGAUACAAUGCUCGACUGUUGUAUUCUAGAACUGUUGGAUAAUUAUAACGGAUUAUUCGCACUGAUUCCUCAAGCCCCAAGUGUGCUCUGUGCUAUGUACCGGCCACCAAGUCCGCAAACGUAUAAACUAACACUCAUAGCAAAAGACGGUUUAACAAAUGAUAGUUUAUCUUCCCAAGUUCAUUUCACAGUUAUUAUUCGAAGCGACCCUAAUCUUCGAAUCUCAGAGAAAAGUACCAAUCCUCGUUUAGAUCAUCUUAGUAUGGAACAUUUAAUUGGUAAACAAUCGAACUUCGACUACACUAAUUCCAAUGGUGAAUCAACACGUAAAACCUUCAAGUAUGCUGAACAUGAUAAUGGAUUAGGCAAAGAUUAUCUGUAUAGAUCAACGAAUAUUGAUAAUAAUAUAAAUGCUGGAUUAUUGUACUCUCAAUCAUCAACUUCAACUUCACACCUGCAUAAAUCAAAUCAUCUCAAAUCAAAUUAUGGAUAUGGCCACCAGACAUUGAUUAUUAUUGUUAUGGCUUCAAUUGCUGGAGUACUGUGUGCAUUAUUGCUGGUCGCUAUUAUUCUAACAAAACGCUGUACUGUUGACACUACAUCACCAGCAGUAACAACAUCGACAAUGUCGAAAGAUUUUGCAAAAGAAGAACAGAAUAAUCAAAAUAACUCGACUAUUGGGAUGAAAAGUCUGAAUUCAACUGGUUCGACACCGUCUAAAACAAAGACAUUCAAUGCAUUUCCCGUCAGUAUUCACCAUAUUCAUCCAAACCCGGAUUAUUACGCAAAAGAAAUGAUAUAUCACCAUCCAAUAGGACCUAAUCCCAGUGAAGCAGCCUAUGACAUCUCACUUGAGACUGUCAAACCCCUAGUUCGUCAACAUUAUUGA